AUGAAUACACAGUUCGGCGACCAAGUUGUUUUGGUGGAUUCAGUCGAAACAGAUGAAAGUAGCUACUGCGAUUCAGUGAUUGCUCGACAAGAAAAUCUAAUAAAUUCACAUUCGUGUGGCUUGGGAAAUAUUGUUCCAGAUGACGCUGUUCGUGUUGCAAUGAUGCUGAGAGCUCACUGUCUAGCACAGGGCUACUCGGGCGUCAGUAAGGAGGCCGUCGAGGCACUGGUCAACUUUCUAAACUCGGGAAUCGUACCCCGUGUUCGUCAGUAUGGAUCGAUUGGCGCCAGUGGUGAUCUCAUUCCACGAAAUCGAAUUAUUCAAUGA